AUGACUCACGAUCGAUACAUCCAAAGCCUGAAAACUCUCCUCUUCAUCCUCCUUGAAGUCUUCCUUGCAUCGACGGAUGCCCUAGACAUUGACUUCUCCCAGUCCCGACAGAUUCAGACAGCUUCUGUUCGUAUCUCAGGACCUCUCCUCUUCACCCUGGAUUGGACGCAACCAGAGCGAGUCGACGAGCUUGACUAUUACUUGAUCACGCUCGAGUUUGUUGACAGUUUCCAAGACGCAGUCCAGUACAAGUACCAUGUCCGUAACAACUUGACGAGUGUGCGGAUCGAUGGAUCAGAGUUUGUCCCCAUCUCCAGCAGUCAACCUCUCAACGCGUUCCGCGAAGAUGUGAACUACACCUUCGCCAUCAACGGAGUGUACUCUGGUGAGAUUUGGGGCGACACGACCUUCUUCGUCCCGAACCCGAUCCAAGCGCUGAACACUCCUCAUGCGCCGGAAAACGUCAGCCUGACCUGGAGCAUACCGUUCCACCUCGUUGUCCACUACGUGCUCCCUCCUGACUCCGAGCUCUACAACGUCCCGGAGGUCAUCUACGACAUCGAGUGGUAUGCCAUGAAGACGGUAGGGAACGAGACUUCAGGGAACGAGACGGCAGGGAUCAAGUCGGCGCCAGUCCUGGUUCUCAACGAGAGCUUCGUGGACGAUGGGAGCGGGCAGAAGAGCUACGCGUUUCCUGACCUCAAAGGAACGCUGAUGUUUGUGCGCUUGCGGGUAGCCAAGAACGUGACGCUGGUAUCCCCGGGCCUUUGGAGUCCACUCAGCAACGGCCUGCGAGUCAUCGACGUUCCCUCCCCCGUGCUCUUCGACUUCGCCAGCGGGAGGACGGGAGGGUCGGCGUACCUGGCCGUGAAAGCUCACGUUCCGAGCGACACUGGGGAUGACUUGAGUACCAACAUCCCGAUCCUAGAGUAUGAGGUCAACGUCAGCCUCUACGACAACUUCUCCGAGGCGCUCCCCACGUCAUACGACGCUGGAGCGCUGCUGUGGACCGCGGCUGACCUGGAGGAAGGGACGAUGUACUACGUGCGGGCAAGAGCACGGAACCCCGUCGGCUUCGGGAACUUUUCCUCCGCCUCCUACCGCCUGCUCGUCCCUCCCUCGGCGCCGGGGCUGACGAUGCAGUAUCGAGUUCCUUUGACAGUGAAUUUCUCUUGGCAGGCUCCCCUUGACUUGGGCUACGGACCAGGAGUCGAGCUCUCUGACUUAGUUGCUCAGAGCUUCUUCUAUCAGAUCUACUACUCCACCACCCUGCCCCUCGCAUUGAGCUCGGGCGUUGGUCUCCUCAACCUGUCCGGGGGCUUGCAGAACAACACCUUCUACGUCCAAGACGCGAGGAAGGGAGACAUUGUUCACUUUGCUGUGCGGGGAAAGAAUCUUGCUGAGCAAUAUGGCACAUGGUCCACUGAGCUCAACGUGACGGUCAUCGACCUCCCAGGGCCGACCGACACUGGAGCUGGAUUCACAAACAACGAGAAUUUCGUUAUAAGAUACGAACUUCAGUUCUCUAACGCCAGCUGGCCCUCGGCUGUUGCCUACACGACGAAUACUCUGCUGGACGGCCUGGAGGCAGGGGUAGCCCUUCGAGUCCAAGUCCGAGCUGUCAACCCAGUGGGAGCUGGGAACUUCUCCUCCCUCUCUGACCCCAUCACGCCGCUGCGCCUGCCCAGCUCCCCGUUCAUCCGCAACGUCACCGUCCUCAGCGACGCAGGCUCCUCCCUGGUCGUGGCUGUAAACUUCUCAGCACCUGCAGAUGAUGGGCUCGACGGGGUGGAGGUCAGCCUGAGCUACUUCAUCCUCGCAACGUCGGAAGAAGGAGGAUGCGACAACGUGACAGGGGAGGCAGCACAGGGAGCAACGGGCUUCAUCCUGCCUGCUGUGACCAAGGGCUGCAACUAUACCUUCAGAGUAAGAGCGAGGAACGCCGCGGGCUACGGGAGCUACAGCAGCCCCGUCACUAGGCUCCUCGUCGGCCUCCCUUCCGCUCCUCGGGUACAGCAGGUGAGCUUGCUCGGAGAGCUGCUGGAGAACAAGUUCUCUUGGGCCCUGACAGCCUCGUGGACGCUGCCGGAGGAUACGGGAGGGGGAGGGCCCGACGUAGCCUUCAUCAAGGACUAUCUUGUGAAGGUCUCUCAGGACCCCUCCUUCUCCCAGCUGAUAGCGCAGGAGGAGGUCAGCAACACCACCCUCCACCUCACCUUCGACACCAGCCAGCUGCAGACCAGGCUCCCCCUCCUCCUCCGCAUCUCCGCCAGGAACCUCCUCGGCCUCGGAUUGCCGGCUGUCAACUCCACCGACAUAGUCCGAGUGCUGUCGGUCCAGAACGUCUCCCUCACGUUCUUCGAGCCUUCGGUUCAGGACAUCCAGGAGGCAACAGCUGGGUCCCUCGUGGGCUGCGUGGUUGAGUUCUCCCUCCCAUCCAACGUGAACCAGUUUGACACCCUAGUUGUCAAGUUCGUCGACUUUGACCUAUCUCGAGUCAGCCCCGUCAACGACACCCUCAAGGUGCUGGAGGGAGGCAUCAUCUCCAGCUACUCUGGCCCCUUUGCGCUCAGCUGGGGCUCCCUCCCAGCUGAUCAGGUGCAGCUCAACCUGUCGGCCCCGGUCAGCGUUACUGCCGGGUCUCUCUUCAGCUUCAGCCUGUCAAACUUGACGUGCCGCCACUGGUCGGGCCGGACCUCGUUCGAGCUCCGCGUCCUCUCCUCCUCCGGCCUUGUUGCGGAGGUUUUCGACGUCCCUGGCCUCCUCCUCCUACCCGGCAGCCUCUCCGCCAACGUCAGCAUCCUCGACCAGCGCGUGCAGGCUUCUGCUGUCGUCCAGCUGAUGCCCUCCUUGGAGAACCUGAUCCCAGCUAGUGCCAUACUGAACCUCACAGUCAGCUCUCAGUUCGUCCUCGAGGACUACCUCACCGUGCAGACGAGCGACUUGCUCGGCGACUUCACGCUGCAGGCGGAGGGGAGGAGCAUCGUCAUCACCCGGCAGGGGCCGGAAGUGAGCUACGGUCAGCUGCUCUCCUUCUCCCUUCUGGGCCUCAAGAGCGUCGCCAACAUGACCGUGCUCGAGCCCUUCGCUCUGCAGACGCGCAGAGUGGAGGGAGAGGUCAUCGACCAGAUCAGCCCGCUCCUCCCUUCCUACAGCUUCCGCCCUGCCUCUGCUGGGAACCUCUCCUGCCCUGCUGGGACUUACCUGGAGCGCCUCGGCUGCACCAACUGCCCGGGCAACUCCAGCUCCCCAACCGGCAGCACCUCCAUCCUCAACUGCACCUGCAUCCCGGGCUUCACCGGCAUCAUCACCUCCCUCACCUCCUCCUGCUCCCCAUGCCCUCCUGGCACUAGCAAGCAGCUCCCUGGCAACGGGACCUGCCAGCCCUGCGGGCCUGAGACGUACUCCCCGAGGGAGGGACAGGCUGCCUGCCCGCCCAACGACGACCUGAGGGCCUGCGACAACUUGGCGUGCAAGUUCCAGAAGGUUUCAAAGGAUGCAGUGCUGUGGAACCCUCUAGCAUGGCUCUCCUUCGGCGGACCGGCGCCCGGCAAGCUGAUUCCGGACUCCGAGCUCUACUACUCCCUCCCGGGCCAGAACAGGAUACUCAAGUUCGACCGCCAGUCAGGUGCCAUCCUCCUAGAUGCCGGCUGCCAGAGCGGCCGCCUGCCCUCCGACGUCGCCGUCCCUGCCGCGUCUGCAUGUUUCAACAUGCCCACUGCCAUGCUGAAAGUCGGCAACUCACUGAUCAUCGCUGACACGAUGAACUUUGCACUACGUCAGCUCGACCUGUCCUCCUCGACCGUCUCCACACUUCCAGUUGGGACGCCAGGGUUUGCAGGGACAGCCGAUGGCAAUCGGAGCACAGCACAACUCGAGUUGCCCAUCGGUCUGGCUGCGAGUUCAAGCACAGGGAGCUCGAGCACUCUCUACCUGCUCGACAACAAUCGAGUUCGCAUGGUCAACGUCAUCACUGGGGAGGUUCAAACACUUGCAGGAUCAGGAGCCAACGGCUUCGUAGACGGCGUCGGGACCUCCGCUGAGUUCCACAGUCCUCGGGACAUAGUCCUCGAUGGGGACAAGCUCUACAUUGCAGAUAGUGGAAGCCACCGCAUCCGUACUCUGAGCAUCUCCACCAGGGACGUCUCGACGCUUGCCGGAUACGCGUGGAAGCAGGGAACGCAAGACGGCAAGGGGACCUUCGCUCGCUUCCUCUCUCCCUUCAGCCUCGCCCUCUCCUCCGCUGUAAACUCCUUGGCCCUCUCUGCUCCAGAGACAGACAGUUCUACAAGCGUCAACAUGAUCUACAUCGCCAACAGAGCGCGAGUCGACAGGUGCUACGUCUGCGCGCCGAGCUGCCAGGAUGGACAGACCUUCAUUCCCCUCUGCGACGGCAUCGACGACAACAUCUGCGAGUGA